AUGGCGAAUUACAUCAGUAAUCACACAUUCUUGCCAGCUGCUACACCGUGGAGCCGUCAACCACCAAGGUCCACGGCUUCCACUACUGCACUACGCUGGGGGCCGGUAAGCAUCACACACACACUCUCUCCCCCCCUUUUCUUCCUGUGUACUCAUGCUGCUAUACAGGAGCACAGUGGUAUCCCUGAGGUCCCCUCAGGGUCUAAAUCACCGCUUCGAAGUCCUCCCCUUGAGCUCCCCGCAUCCGGCGCGGAGAGCAGCUGGCCCGGAAACCACUGGCCAGGGUCCAAAGGGGAGGCAGCGCAUACCAUCCCGGAAGAGUGUGAGAGGCUCUUCUGUGACAAACUGACCGCGACAUUCCUUGGUGAGGGGAGUUUCGCGGGACAGGAGUCACUGGGGAUGGAUGCGUUCCACAACAUCGGGCAUCAUGACCGAGUCCUGAAAUGGAUUGAAGUAUGGGACUACUUUGCGGAUGCGAUCUAUCGGGGAUUCGUGACCGAAAUGGAUGGCGAAAGGACGCUAUUCGUAUUCCUGGAGGAGAAUGCACUGGGGCAGGGUCUCAAGUCGGGACUGAUCGCGCUCUUUGAACUGGCGGGAAUAUCGAGCUUUGGGUGCUCCCAAAUCGUCGCCUGCGUCAGUCGUUCACAACAUGCCACCGAAAUGGAGCUGGUCCGGAACCUGGGAUGGUGCGGGUUCAGCCUGACGACGCUGGAGCCCUGGACCACCGGAGCCGAUGUCAGCAGCAAGUGGCUUUUCUUGGGGGCCGAGGUAUAA